UUUCGAUCAACGAUCCUUCGGGAGGAACCUUUAAAUUUAAUACAAAUCGAGAGGCCGAAUCGUACAAAAGUUUUCGCGUGUCACUUGAUGAUCCAUGCUAUAAGGUUCUGCCUGCUGCACUCAAAAAAUAUAGGAUUACAGAUGACUGGAGGCAAUACGCCUUGUUUAUUUGUUAUGGUGGUCCAGAUCACCCGACAGAACGUUGCCUGAGCUAUGAUGAAAAACCUUUGUUAUUAUUCCAAAAGUUGAAGGAAGCUAAUCAGAACCCGGUUUUCACGUUAAAGAAUAUUAAGGAUAUUAAAUCGCCAGUAUCCACGGCAGAGGAAAUCAUCAGUUCUUUGAAACCAAAUCGACGCACGACACAAUUUUUGAACAAGGAUUUGCCUCCAGCACCGAACGAAUAUUCAAACCUUCCUCAACCAUCAAAUGCUUAUAAUUCGGUAAUUGAUGAACAGUAUCCGGAAGAGACGCUAAUAGAGGGUAACGGAACAGCUGUUGCAAUUUAUCCAUACGUACCUGCACUUGAAGAUGAACUGAAUGUUACUGUGGGUGACGUUUUCAAAAUUAAGAGUAAGUCUGGGGGUUGGUGCUUUGUCGAAAAGGAUGAACUAACGGGAUGGGUGCCCGCGAACUUUUUGCUCGAAACGAACGUUAAUGGAAGCGACAUGAUGGAUAGCGAUAACCCUUAUGUAGGUAGAGGAGUGGCUUUGAUUGAUUACGAAAGGAACACUGAUGAAGAACUUAGUAUGAAAAAAGACGAUCUGCUUCGCAUUUACAAGAAACAAGAUUAUUGGUUGUAUUGUGAGAUAAACAAUGAGCGUGGGUGGGUACCUAGUUGGUAUGUCCGGAUAGAUAAGGAAGUUAAAGAGAUGAUGGACGACGAUGAAAGCGAG